AUGGAUGUAUCAAGUUUAUUUAUGGAUAUUAUAAGAUUUGCAUUACCAAAUAAUGAUCAUCGUAUUAAAAGACUUGUUUAUUUAUUUUUUCAAACUUUUAAUAUGUGUAAACAUGAUGGUACACCACGUGAUGAAGUUAUACUUGUCUGUAAUGGAUUAAGAAAUGAUUUAUGUUCACCUAAUGAAUAUGUUCGUGGUUCUGUAUUACGUUUAUUAUCAAAUCUUACUAUUUUCAAUAUUAUACAACCAUUAAUACCUUCAAUCAUUAUUAAUAUUGAACAUAAAGAACCUUAUGUAUAUCGUAAUGCAUUAUUAUGUUUAACAAAUAUAUCAGAACGUUUUGGUUCUGAUCUUAUAACAUCAUCAUUUAAAACUAUCGAAAAUUUUAUUACAUCCUGUGAUGAUGUAUUUGGUACUGUAAGAGCAUAUAAAUUACUUGAAACUUGUAAUCUUGAUUUAUGUAUACAAUUUAUACUUGCAAUUGAAUCAAAUAUAUUAAGUUUAUCACCAUUAAUACAUUUGGCUAUAUUAGGAUCAUUUGAAAAAUUAUCAAGUAUAAAUGAACAAAUAAAACAAAUGAUGUUAAGAAUUCUUACUAUUUUAUUACAAUUCUCUAAUAAUAAUUCCGUUUUAUUCUUCUCUUCCAAUUUAUUAAUCAAAUUCCAUCAUAUCAAUAAUAAAGAAGAAAUGAAAAUAUGUUGUAAAUGUUUAAUAAAAGUAUUAUUGAAUGAAAGUGAUUUGAAUAUAAAGAUGAUAAUAAUAGAUAAAUUAAUGAAAUUAAAUAAAUUAAGUAAUGAAAUAUUAUUAGAAAAUGUAUUAGAAAAUUUUAUAAAUGAAUUAUUAAAAGGAUUAAGUAUUACAAAUUUAAUGAUAUCAAAUAAAAUCUUAAACUUGAUAAUAAAAUUGUGUAAUAAAACAAAUAUAAAUUUAAUAUUAAAAAAUUUGUUAAAUCAAUUUAAAAAAGAAAAUACAAGAGAAUUUAUAAAAUUUCAAUAUUUAAUAUUACAAUUUUUUUAUCAAAUUUAUGAAAAAUUUUCUUAUCCACUAUUAAUUAUAUUAGAUGAAUUAAUUAAUUAUUUAAUUGAUAAUUUUAUUAUAUCAUUUAAAAUUUCUUUAUUAUUAAUUAAUACUAUUAACUCCGUUACGGGGUCAGGUACACCAGACAGUAAUGGACCUAAGGUUAGUAAGGAUAUUAAGGAUAUUACGGGUACUGCUGGAGCAAGCACCGUAACGGAUAGUACUAGUCCAACCAUGAGUACUACCAAUAGUACUAAGGAUCCUAUUGGAGCAAGCACCGUAACGGAGGAAAAUUCUACUACUAAAAUUGCUUCUCCCGGAAAGGGAGCAAAUGACACUUUUGAUACUACUGGAAAGGGAGCUAAUUUUACAGCCAUGGAGUGUACCAUGGGAAAGGGAGCUAAUUUUACAGCCAUGGAGUGUACCAUGGGAAAGGGAGCUAAUUUUACAGCCAUGGAGUGUACCAUGGGAAAGGGAGCUAAUUUUACAGCUACUAAGUGUACCGUUGGAGCAAGCACCGUAACGGAGGGAAAGGGAGCUAAUUUUACCCUUAUGAAGUGUACUAAGGGAUUACGGGAUAGUAGAGUGGAUAAUGAAUUGGUAGAUAAAAUAAUAAAGAAAAUAAUAAGAAUAAUAGAUAAAAUAAAAUAUAAAGAAGUAUUAAUUAAUUGUUUAUAUAUUAUUGGUGAAUUUUCACAAGAUAAUUAUUUCAUAUUAUAUUCUUAUUAUUUAUUCAAUAAGGUGCCCGUUACGGGGUUUCCCGUUACGGUGACUGGUGCUACUGGCAGUAAUGGACCUGAGGUUAGUAGUAUUGGAGUUGGUACAGUAGGAGCAAGCACCGUUACUGAGGAAAAUUCUAACAAAAUUGCUGCUCCUAAGGAUAUUAAUAAGGAUAUUGGAGUUAAUAUUAGUACUAAUGUAGCCCCUUUUGGGGCAGUUUGCCGUGGUACUGACCCCGUAACGGAAGAAAAUGAGUUUAAUAAAAUAUUAAUAAAUAAUAAAGAUAUAUUAUUAUAUAAUACAUUUGCUAAUACAUUAUUAAAAUUAAUAUAUAAAAAUAAUCGUAAGUUAAUAAAUAAGGAUCCAAUAUAUGUAGAAGGAUAUAUUAAAUUGAUUGGUAAUAAGAUAUAUUUUAAUAUAAAUAUUGAGAAUAGAAGUAAUGAGAUAUUACAGAAUAUAUCAUUAGAUUUAUCAACAGGUACAAAUAUGCAAUUGAUAUCAAAUAUGUUAAUAAUGAAUAGAAAAAUGAUCAAAUUAUUACCAAAUGAAAUAAUAACAACACAAGUAAAAUUCCGUAUAGAUUCAUCAACAAAUGAAAUUGUUUAUGGUUACGUAUAUUAUUCUACUUGUAAUACAAUUUUAUUACAAUGUUUAAGUUUCAAUCCAUUACAUAUUUCAUUAUAUAAUUUUAUUCAUAAAAAUUAUAUUUCUGGACAACAAUUCCGUCAUUAUUGGAAUGAUUUCCAAUGGGAAAAUGUUAUUAAAUUAAUUAAUAUCAAAUUAAAACCAAUAAAUUUAAUAAAAAUUAUUAUUAAAUUUACACAUAUGACUAUUAUACAUGAUUUUUCUCAUUACGGUGUUACAUAUCACGGGAAAAAUAGGUUUCUAAAUGGAGUUCACAGUGAUAGGUUAUAUCAUGGUACAGAUGGGAUUCAAGGUAGUAAUAGGAUAUUAGGAUUAGGAAUGGAAGGAUUAGAUAGUGGAAUAGGUAUUGGUAUGGAAGGAUUAGGAGAUUAUAAAGGAUUAGGAUUUGAUAGUGUAGAUAGUGGAUUAGAUGGACUAGAUGGAGGAGAUAGUGGAUUAGUAGAUAGAGAAUUGGAAGGUUCGGAAGGUUAUGAAUUGAAUGAAAUAGAAUUAGAAGAAUUAAAAGAAAAAUUAUUAAAUGAAUCAUUUUUAUCAAUAAACUUUUUUUUAAAAACUAUUUUUGGUAUCCGUAACGGUGACUGGUACACGGCUCACUAG